AUGCGGAACCCAACAUCCCACGAUGCCAGGCUCUCGUCUGGGAGCUGUCGGAAAUUAUUCUUGGGGCUUUUUUCCAGCAAGGAUAAGGAAGAUCGGACCACGGACCAGCCACAAACAGCUGCGCAGUUUGUCAACCAUGCCCAGGGUGACUCUCCGAGCCCCCCAGCUGCAAAUGAUAACUUUACGACACUGGUUCCAUCGAUUUCAGAUCAACCAGUCGACAUUUCCGGGGAUGAGGCCCCCAGUAAAAAGCCUACAGACCUGAGAGGCCUUUGGCGAGAGGCAUAUGAGCAACUCACGUGCGACCCAAGUACCGCCAAGCUCAUUAAAGCUUAUCAGCUCGCACUAUUAGAAGGCAAGAGAGAGGACGAGGAUGCUGGGGAAGAGGAUUUCGACAUCAGUCCACGUCUUUGCUCGGUGGUUGAGCGAAGAUUCGAGGACAUCCAGAAUUCUCGAACCAGAUUCCAUCUCGGAGGAAAAGAAAUCGUUGUCAAAGCUCAGGUCGACCGCGCCGUGAAGCCUCGUCACUACGGCAGUGGGCUCAGAGCCCUUGCGUGGGCAGGAGCAUUGGUCCUCCUAGUCGGACCCAUCACCCGAUCCCUCACGCAGGAUGCAGAAGCUUCGAAUGGAUUUGAAUCCGUUACAAAGCUUCUAACCCUUUACGCGGUCGUGGAACAGAAUUGGGCUCGGAGAUAUUCUACGGCAGAAACGACCUUUCGGUCGAAACAACAGGAGGCCCUGGCCCAAUCCAUCAGAGUCCAGAUCAUCAAAGUAUACGCCAAUAUCCUUCUCUUUCAAAUUCGCCUCGCGCGGCACUAUUCUCGUUCCAGUAUCUUUAGAGUUUUGGAAGAUCUGGGGGCCCCGGAAGACUGGAAGGGGAUGCUCCAGAUGAUCGUGGGCCUCGACGCAGGAAUCCGACGCGACAUCGGAGCAAUGGAUAGCGCUACGUUACUGGACUUGGACCAGCGGUUCGAGGCGACCUCACGCGAGUUGAAGAAAGAACUUGAGACCAUUGUGGAUAACCAGAUCUUCGACAGGCUGAAGAUUGCACCAGAAGCAGGAAUUGGGGCCGAGAAAAAUGACACCAAGGAUAAAUGCUUUGCAGGGACUCAGAUUGGCAUCCUGAAGAAGAUUCAUGGCUGGAUUCAGUCCCCUGGGCCAGAACACAUCUUCUGGCUCUAUGGGGUAGCCGGUGGGGGCAAGUCUACCAUCUCACGAACCAUUGCGGAGCGAUGUCGUGACCGAAUAUUCCUCCCGGAAACCAUUUGCCUUGGUGCCAGCUUUUUCUUCGACAAAAAUGAGAGCCAGCAGAGCAAUGCCACCUAUCUCUUUCCCACUCUUUGCCAAUCGCUUGCGAAUUGUCUACCCGAGCUCAAGUCCGAGAUUCGUAAGUCGCUUGAAGAGCAUCCGGAGUCGAGCAAUGAACAUGCCUCAGUCCGGAUGCAGUGGAAGAAUUUGAUUCUUAAGCCCUUGUUGAGCUUGGAAAAGAACAAUCACCUCUUGCCUCUCACGUUGAUUGUGGUCAUAGAUGCACUUGAUGAGUGUCAAUCUACGCACAACGAAGAUCCUGUCUACGCCAUAUUAGAACUGAUCAACGAAGCGCAUCAACUGCGCUCGAUUCGUUUGAAGUUUCUCCUCACCAGCCGCCCACAAAGCCACAUAUUCUCAAGCUUUGACCACGUGAUGACUGGAUCUCAUGGUUGCAAACAGGCUCUUCAAGGGGCAGAAACGCCUAUUGACCAGGAAAUGUCUCAUCGUGAUAUCAAGAUGGUCCUCAAACACAAACUUGGCGAAAUAUCCCAGCGGCACCACUUUGGCUCAGAAUGGCCGGAGGAAGAGAAAUUGGAUGCGCUUUUCAAGAAAGCUGACGGGCUGUGGAUAUAUGCAUCUACAGCGUGGGGUUUUAUAUGUGACAAGAAAGCUAAAAAGGAGUGGAUCAAACCACGGUUGGAUCUGCUUCUGACGAACGACCGCCACCCUCGUGAAAGACUGGAUGGGAUGUAUACGGAGGUCCUACGGGAUGUCCUUAGUUUUGCAACGCCUGAGGAACGAAUAGGUACCCGCCGGACUUUUCAGGCAAUCUCUGGGGCCAUUGUCGUGCUUCACCGGCCUCUGUCUGUCACUACGCUGAGCAAUCUUCUCUCCAAGAAUACGGCCGAGGUUAGGGGGAUGUUGGAAAGCCUAAGCUCAGUCAUCCACGUAGCCGCCAGCAAUGAUUCUCCCAUCCGUCUCGCACACCUGUCGUUCCCUGAAUUUCUCACAAGCAAGGAGAGGUGUCUAGAACCAACUUUUCAGAUCUCGAGGAAGGAAAAGCAUAGCCACCUCCUCCGCCACUGCCUCGAGGCUCUAACCAAGACCCUCCGACAAGAUAUUUGUCAUCUCGGAGACUCUUCUACUCUGCAGGAUAGCAUUGACCCUGGGAUCGUGAAGCAGGAGAUUCCUUCGCACGUUGAGUAUGCUUGCGUCUACUGGGUGGAGCAUCUACGGUUAAGCAAGAGCUCCGACCUUGUGAGCGACAAUGGACCAGUCCACGAAUUCUUGAAAACGUAUCUUCUGCAUUGGCUUGAGGCAUUAGGUGUUAUGGGCAAAGUAUCCGAGGGCACCGGCGCUGUCCUCAAGCUUCUGGAAUAUCUGAAGACUCUGCCUCCUGACGGAAGCUCCGAGCUUCGUGCUUUUGUCUACGAUAUUACACGUUUUGUGCGCCACACGCGGUCAAUUAUUGAGAAGGCGCCAUUGCAGACUCUGAAAGGUUAUGGAGGACGUGGAAUAGAUUUUUCACCCGACGAGCCAAUGGGGACCGGCGGCGCGGUCAGCUUUUCUUCGGGAGAGGGAAAAGAUAUCAUCUCCUUAUCCAAGGCAGGACACGUGAGAGUAUGGGAUGUGGCCUCGGGACGCUUGAUCAGAGAAAUCCGAAAUCCCGUGGAAAGCAUUUCCUCUUGUCUUCCACAGUUUUCCCCUGACCGCACUCGUUGCGCCGGUUAUCUUAUGUUCGAAAUGGUUCUAUACUUUCUAGACAUCGAAAGAGGAACCGUGAUCAAGUGGGUGGAAGUCGACUCUGGACUUUCAACGAUGGCCUUUUUCAGCACGCGUGAAUCCGGAAAGGUGCAACUCUGGAGCACCGCCACUGGCACAUUGAUCCAUUCUUUUGAUUGUUGCAUUGAAGACCCCCGUAACCUCUGUUAUGACGGAUCCGUGGCCUUCUCCCAUAACGAUGAGGUGAUAGCCGCUGCACGGGACCACAAAAUUCUCAUAUGGUGUCUCAAAACACAUCGAAUGCUCCAGCGCAUUCCUACCUGCUUGAUCCAGGAUAUCGCCUUUUCGUCAGAAAGCAGGUGGAUGAUCACUUCGGGGGAGGGGGGUGGAGAGGGUGGCAAAGGAGAAGUCACCUGGUGGAAUUGGUCUUCUGGCCAGCCUGUCAGGACAGUAAGUUCUGGCGGUCUACUGCUUCGACUGUCCAACAACCGCAAGCUGUUGGCAUCGGUGAGCGACACACUCGCCACCACAGACCUCCUAAGCCAUGUGAUUGAUGUCUGGGAUGUCACAAGUGGAGCUUUGGUACAGAGACAUCUAAGGUGCGUCGAUGGUGUCUCUGACCUGGCCUUCUCAAAUGAUGGGACUCUCCUGGCAUCCAUGACCCCACCUGACACGGUUCGCUUGUGGGAUCUCACUGGGCCCUCAGCGAGCGAGCAGAUGGAACAUUUUCCUGGAAACUCCGUCCGCCGACUAAAUCUACUUCCUGGCCACAAGACUCUCGUCGUCAGUGGGACAAUUACGAUGUGGCUCUGGGACUUCAGGACGAAAACGCCAACGAAGAGGAUUGGAAAGAACAUUGACAGCUCCGAAGUUUUAGAUAUCUGGUUUUCUCCGGGUGGGCAAUCAUUCGCAGCAAAUUGUGUGGAUGGGGCAGUUCAUAUACACAACACGCAGACCGGAGCCCGGGUACACAGCCUGACGAGGGAAAAUUAUCGCAACUGGCCGGUUACCUUCAGCCCAGACAGCAAUCUUUGCGCCUGCGCAGUCUACGGCACAGAGUCUCCGGGCGAAAGUGAUGUUCACCUUAUCAAAGUCUGGGGGAGCAAUACUGGCGAGCUGCGGCCACCGUUAAAGGGGCAUGGUAAGGUGGUCUGUUGUCUAUCAUUCUCGCCAAAUGGUGAAUUCUUGGCCGGAGCGACACUUUUCGAGGGGUGCGUUUUAAUCUGGAACUUAGCAUCGAAAGGUCUCGAAACCAAGCUUGCAGUACCCUUUACGCCCGCUACCCCUAAUGACAGUGUUUUUCUUGCUCAAGACGAACGCCUUGUGGGACCUCUUCCUGACGACCACAGCGACUCGUCAUGGUCUAUAAUUUCCCAAUUAAUCUCCUCUGAAGACCGCAAUGAGGAUAUUACUCACAUCGUUUGGUCAUUAGAUGGGGCAUAUCUAGCAUGCAUAUGUCGGUCUGGCAGAAUUUGGAUGUGGAAAACGGAUACUUGGACCUUGAUCUGGAGCACCAAAACAGGAGUUGGACGACAGGCGGAUCGCGCUCUUGCCUUCUCCCCGGAUGCCCGCUUGCUGGCUUCCACCUACAGCAAUGAAUACAAGUCAUCCAAGGGCAGAACAGACCUCUGGGAAGUGCAGACGGGUAAGCUGAUUGGCACCCGGACGGUGGCAGCCUGCCCACAAACCCUGCGUUUCUCGGCCGACGGCGCAACCCUGGACACGAACUUCGGUCGGGUGGAUGUUCGAGCCUUCUAUUCCGGAUCGAGAUAUGCCUCUUCUCGCGAUCUAUUUCUGGAUGAUGCAUGGGUGGUGGCUGGCAAUGAAAGGAUUCUUUUGCCCUUUGAGUACCGGGCUACGUGUGCCCUAGCCAGCGACGAUCUUCUGAUCACGGGCCAUGCCUCGGGUCAAGUGACCUUCCUUCGAGUCAAGGCGCCUGAGGACUAAAGCUAGUUACUAUGGACUUAGACGGCUG